GGUAAGAAUAUGCACUUAAUUACACAGUUAAUUAUGAUUGUUCUUAAGUUUUCAGUUUAUUUUUCUUUAUUGUUAUCGGUACAAUGUGAACACCGCACAUAUUUACUAUUAAUAGUAUUGUUACGCAAACUUGACGUGAUAAGGCAUGAUUUCGUUAUUUUGCACACUUUUUUUCAUGUCAAACAUCAGUUCAAAAUUCCGAAAACAUGAAAGUAAAUCCUCAUGUGCCAUAUUUGGCUGCUGUUUCAGGUGCAAUUUUAUUCUUUGUUACAUUCCAUAUUAGUUGGUUUGCCAUACCGGAAUAUGUACACCGUUUAAUUGCACAGGAGGCAUUCAUUACAAAAGGGUCUCAUUCCUUUAACAUGUGGAGUACAAAGUCUCACAAUUUUAAAUUUAAAAUUUACGUGUUCAAUAUAACCAAUCCCAGUGAAGUGAAGGAUGGUAGAAAGCCAGUUCUUAAAGAAAUUGGUCCUUACGUAUACGAUCUCGUCAGAGAUCAUAUCAAAGUCGAAGAAAAACCGUUGACAGACAGUGUUAUUUAUUACGAAAGGAAAACUUAUUACUUUAACAAAACUGAAUCAGGAAACUUGGAAGAAGCAGACAUCUUUACUAUUUUCAAUACGGAACUUCUGUCAUCAGCUAUGGAAUUGUAUCUAAUUUUUCCCGAUUUAUUGUCUAUACUGACGCAAGUUUUUCCUUAUCUUUUUCCUGGCAUGAAGGAUGCAUUUUUACAAAAAUCUGUCAGAGAAGUCUUUUUUGAUGGCAUUGUAAUUAAUUGUGAAAGCGAAGUAGCUGAUUCUGUUUGUCGCCAUAUUGAGCCCGAUUCGUUAGGAAAUUUAAGACACGCUCCUAAUAAUAGUAAAAACUUUGUAGUUUCAUUGUUUGUAAACGAAAGUGAAGCGGGCCCCUUCGAAAUGUAUCGUGGAGUAAAUAAUUUACUGAAUAGGGGCCAGUUGAAGACAAUAAACCACAAAAAUACCCUUGACAUAUGGAAGGGCGAAUGUGAUGUAGUAAAGGGUUCUGAUGGUUUCUUUUUUUCACCCUUAACUAACAUACAAGACCAUGUUGAUAUUUAUAUACCAGAAAUUUGCAGACCACUACAUUUUGUUCAAGAAAACAAAAUUUCCGAUACGAUUCAGCAGUUUUUGUUGAACAACAAAAGUUUUUCAUUUGAUAACACCGACUGUUAUUGCGCCGAUGAAAGUGUAAAUAAUAAUUCACUAAAAGCUGCAUGUCCCCCCUAUGGAAUCAUGGAAAUUAGACAAUGUAUUAGAACGUCUAUGUGGCUGUCGCUACCACAUUUCUACCUCGCCGAUAAAAAUCUUUUAAAUCCAGUCGAAGGUUUAAAACCUGAAUCUAAUUUACAUUCUUCUUUUAUUAAUAUUGAAACGGUGUCUGGGGUAACUAUGAAUGCAACUGUUAGAAUACAGUUUAAUCAAAGAGUGAAGCAAAUAAAGGAUUUUUUCUAUUUAGAGAACGUUUCCGAUUGUGUGAUUCCUUUAGGAUGGAUAGAAACGUCGUACCAUCUACUCGAUGAUUUUAAGGAUUCGAUAGAUAAGCAUGUGCACCGUUUGAAUUUAAUAACAAUAGCCAAAUGGUCUUUGCUAAUUGUGGGAUCGGUACUGACAAGUGCUGCCAUAGUAUUCUGCAUCUAUUUCGAAUUGUGCUCCGAGAAUGUGAAAAAUAAAUUUCCUCUAUGCGCUAAGUUUAAAUCACGCAAAGCCGAUCAGCAGUUAGAGUUAUACAACACAGUAUUAUAAAAUCUUAAGAUAAGUUGUCGCAAAAAACAUAAACAUAAAUAGUUGUUAAAUUUUGGGAUUAUAAUAAUAAUUAA